AUGAAGCUUUCGGCUCUCUCUCCGGCCCUGUUGGGUCUUGCUGCGUCAGUGCAUGCAUACACCGUGAACUAUACAACUGUGACUGGUUAUUUCCUGCAGGAUGAGACCGCGACUGAUGCCUCCACAUUUGACUAUACCGCGGUCAACUUCGGUCUCCUUAACCGCACUUACCCUGCCGAUGAGAAGCUCAAGAAUGCCAAAUCCAUGACUCAGUGGGAGCGUUUCUACAACCAGGUGCAGCAGCUGAACGAUGAGUCAAAUGGAGAGGUCGAGUACAAGGUUCUCUUCCUCGGCCGUCACGGUGAGGGUUGGCACAACGCUGCUCAGACCUACUACGGCACCCCUGCGUGGAACUGCUACUGGGCCGAGCUCACCGGUAACGGCACUGCCACCUGGUACGACGCCGAACUGACCGACAACGGUGUCGAGCAAGCCCUGACUGCCCACAAAUUCUGGCAAAAGGAAAUCGACGAGCAACGCAUCCACACCCCGGACAACUACUUCGUCAGUCCUUUGGCUCGUACCCUCCAGACCGCCAACUACACCUUCACCGACCUGAAGUUCCCCAAGGGCAGCGCCGAAUUCAAGCCCCUGAUCAAGGAACUCUUCCGUGAAGGAAUCAGCAUUCACACCUGUGACCACCGUCACGACCGUACCUACAUCCACGACAUGUUCCCCUCGUGGCCCAUUGAGGCCGGUUUCGCCGAGCAAGACGAGCUCUGGAACGGAGUUACCGCCGAGACCAGCGACGCCCAGGACCAGCGUAGCACCAAGGCUCUCGACGAGGUCUUCUUCACUUCUGCCUCUGUGAAGAAGGAUACUUUUGUCUCUGUUACCUCGCACUCCGGUGAGAUCUCAUCUAUCUUGCGAGUUGUCGGACACCGUACUUUCAGUCUUAACACUGGUGCUGUUAUCCCUGUUCUUGUUCGUGCCGAGAAACUCGUCCACGAGAAGGCCAGUACUGUUACCUCUACUUGGACUGUUGAUGCUCACUGCACUUCGCCUCCUAUUACCUCUGUCUCCGCUUGUGUUUGUCAGUCGAGUGCGGCGCCAGUGAGUACCCCCUUGGUCACUAGCUUUUAA